AUGACAGGGAUCACUGUGUUUUUCCUGCUGGCGCUGCCUUUCACCACCGCCCAGGAUGAAUCUUUUGCCAGCUCCUUUUUAUCAGGUCUUUUGGACACGUUAGACACUCAAGUGGAUGCCAAGAAUUGUCCGGGUGUAUGUAUGCACGCGCUCACUUCACUUAUCUGCUCAAAUGUUCUUGAUGAAGUCGAAUGCCCCAAGCCGUCUAUGAAAUGUUGUGUUGAUGAACCACUAGGUAACGAAACAAUGGCCACAACGCGUCGUCCAUUCACAACACGUUACACGACAACUGAGAGCUAUGACGACGAAGACACAACAACUCGGCCGACAGACAAAUACAAAGACAGUGGCAACAUCGCUUGUCCCGGAGUAUGUGUAGAGUCACGUUUGACACAAUACUGUGAGGCUUAUCUCACUUCAAGUGAACUUUGUGUGACUGGGCGUCUUUGCUGUGUCUCUAAAGAUGGAUAUGGCGACAGACGUCCUCCAGACCUAGUUGUGCCUAACGAAAAGAAGCAUUCAACAAAACGGCCUACAACUGCGCUUACAACCACACCACCAUCAAGGAAACCUGGUCAUAAAUGUCGAGGUGACUGCAUUAGUGGGCUUUUUGCGUUACUCUGUGACCAUGUGGAUGAAGAUGCCGUUUGUCCCUCUGAAGGUACAUGCUGUAUCUCGGACAGCAGUGAUUCCACUACCAGACGCCCAUAUUCCACUACCACGCCUAGGCCAACUACUCCGGCGCCGUUACCGCGUUGUCCAGGCUACUGUCUGCUAAACAUCAUGGCAGCUUUCUGUGAGCGACCAGCUGUCUUACUCUCUCACACUAGCUGCAAGCAUAGCGGAUCCAUUUGUUGUGAUAACACUAGAAUGCCUCCCCGGACUACUCAUCGCCCAACCACCACUACAACAACUACGACUCCAGCGCCAGUGGACCCGCGACCAGAUUGUCCGGGGUCUUGUAUCGUGUCGCUGCUAUCUUUUACAUGCUUCCGAAACGCAGAAAUGACGGAUGUCUUCAAAUGCAAAAAGGCGGGAACGCAAUGUUGCGCGCCCAAAUCUAAAGUGUUAGAGGCAAUGGGAGUUAGUCGUAACGACACGUAUCCGUUAGCUGUCACUCAUCCACCGCACACGUACGUCACCCCGUAUACGUACACGCCGGCACAAACGUAUACGCCUCAGCACACUACGCCUAUGCCAUACGAGCCAAAUUACCCAACAUCGUUGAGGACUCCUGAGAAGUAUAACAAGUAUGUCUGCGGUGUGAAGGGAACAUCGUCACGGUCAGGACGUGUGAUGGGAGGUGAGGAUGGAGAGAGAGGAGAAUGGUGUUGGCAAACAGCACUGAUUAAUUCUCUUAAUCAAUAUAUCUGUGGAGCAGCGUUGGUCGGCACGCAGUGGGUGCUCACUGCUGCACAUUGUGUUACCAAUAUCGUCCGUUCCGGUGACGCAAUGUACGUGCGGGUGGGAGAUCAUGACCUCACGAGAAAAUACGGGUCCCCAGGCGCUCAGACCUUAAGAGUGGCUACAACUUACAUCCACCAUAAUCACAACAGCCAGACCCUUGAUAACGAUAUCGCAUUAUUAAAGCUCCAUGGCAAGGCAGAGCUCAAGGAAGGAGUAUGUCUGGUGUGUCUGCCAGCCCGAGGAGUGAGUCAUGCUGCAGGAAAAAGAUGUACGGUCACUGGAUACGGAUAUAUGGGUGAAAGUGGUCCUAUACCAUUACGUGUGCGUGAGGCAGAGUUGCCCAUAGUAAGUGACGCAGAGUGUAUCCGAAAAGUUAAUGCGGUCACUGAAAAGAUCUUCAUACUACCUGCUAGUUCUUUCUGCGCGGGCGGCGAAGAGGGAAACGACGCUUGUCAGGGAGAUGGCGGUGGCCCUCUAGUAUGUCAAGAUGAUGGAUUCUAUGAGUUAGUGGGACUUGUCUCGUGGGGAUUCGGAUGUGGUCGUAAAGACGUACCAGGAGUUUACGUUAAGGUCUCCUCGUUUAUCGGCUGGAUCAAUCAGAUUAUCUCUGUUAAUAACCUUUAG